AUGCUAGCGGCGUGCUCCAAGCAGAAUGAGAAGCCACGGAGAGAAAAUCCUCGAGGCGGAUCGAUCAAGUGUGCUCUGGAUCCCUUGGCAUGGGCGUGGUUGCUUUACGAGGCCGAGGCAAGCUGGAUGAAGUUGCUUGGAAGUGUUUGCUCUCGGCGUGUAACAAUCAUGGGGAUGCCAGUCGAGGAGCCACCUAGCGAAGCAAGUUCUUCGUUCCGAGUCUGGGAGAUCAGCUUCUUAAUAAGUUCUCGUCUCCCAGACCAGCAGCACUGGCAUGAAAACUGUGACGUUUCCAGGCAUAAGUGUCCUGACAAUGACAUGAUCAAAUUUUUCUUUCAACCUCCUGGUCCCUACCAUAGUGCUGUCCAAGCACCAGGCACUCUAGAACUACAACAAGCUCACGACUCCUUGUUUGGCUGCAAAGGCAGAGUCUUUUCACUUCUCCAAAACAUGACUCUCAAGAACAAGAUCAUCGUCACAAGCCUUGGAAUCGCCUUUCUCUUGCUGGUCAUCCAGCUCCCCUUGGAAGUUCCUCAGCUCAAUUCCGUCAAUUCCACGUUAGAGGAGCUCCACAAUUGCAACUUCUCGGCUCAAGCCCAAGGCAAAUGCCCGGAUUACUUCAAGUGGAUCGAGCGCGACCUCUCUCCCUGGAAGAACACAGGGAUCUCACAGGGGGAUUUGCAAGAAGCCAAGUCCAAGGCGGACUUUCGUGUGGUGAUCGUCGAUGGCAAGCUAUACAUGGAGCGAUACAGGUAUUGCUACCAGACCCGGGCACAGUACACGCUGUGGGGGAUUCGUAUGCUUCUCGAGGAAUUCCCGGGACAAGUUCCAGACUUGGAGCUCAUGUUUAUGUGUGGAGAUCGCCCACAAGUUUUGCGGAAGAACUACUCAAGCAAUUCGGUCAAGCGAAGAUGGCCACCGCCUCCUCUUUUCUCUUACUGCACUACGCGGGACGAGCACUACGAUAUUGUUUUUCCAGAUUGGUCUUUCUGGGGCUGGCCAGAGGUGAAUAUUGCUCCCUGGACUGUGGAGAGGGAGAAGAUCUUUUCUGGAGCUGAAAAGAUUAAGUGGCUCCAAAGGGAGCCAAUUGCGCAGUGGAAAGGAAAUACUUGGAUGGGAAAAAUUCGGCCAAUGCUGGUGCAAUGCAAUUCUUCCACAAGCAUUCUUGUGUAUCAUCAGAACUGGGAUGAAGAAAUUAAAAAUAAUUUCAGCUCUUCUGAUCUAUCCAAGCAAUGCUCAUAUAGGUACAAAGUUUAUGUUGAAGGAAUUGGCUGGUCCGUGAGUCUGAAGUAUGUGAUGUCUUGUGGAUCAACAAUGCUUCAAAUCGAUCCUCAGUAUUUAGAAUUUUAUUCUAGAUCACUGAUCCCAUACCUCCACUUCAUCCCAGUAAGGAAAACCAAAAUAUGUCAAUCAAUUCAGGAAGCGGUAGAAUGGGGAAACACUUUUCCACACAAAGCUUUAUCACUGGGAAGAUGUGCACAGAAUUUCUUGCAAGAACAACUGACAAUGGACUAUGUAUAUGAGUAUAUGCUACUUCUACUCCAACGCUAUGCAAAAUUGCUGAAGUUCAAGCCAGUUCCACUACAAGGGGUGCAAGCAAUGAGCUUAGAUUCUAAUCUGCCAUGGCAUAGCCCUUCUAAGCAACGGCUACCUUUAAUUCCUUGUAGUGUGUGUUAAACAGUUUGAUAAAAUGAAUAGGUUUUCAUAUAUAAAAUA